AUGUCAGGAUUGGUUUCUAAAUGGGCUACUGAAGACUCAUUGGCCGAGAAAGCUCGCGUAGAUGACACCUUAAGAAGAACAAAGUCGAAAAAUGUGAAACAGUCUGGGAAGUUGUCCAAGGACCAAGGGUUGCAAAGUGCAAGUGAUACGCCCAAAAAGGCCAAAACUUUUACCAAGAACGAACCUUUAGUGUCAAGGUGGGCUAAUGUUAAAGACCCCGCGUUGGAAGAAAAAUCCAGCAAAAAAGUGGCCCAGCAUGAGUCCAGUGGGGAUUUUUCAAAAGUCUCUCACGCCCAUAAUAAGGACUCAAAGAGGCAACCGAAGAGAGAGCAUCACAGAUCAGAGGCAAAGAAAGAACCACCAUCCGCACCUCCUGUAGAUUUGAAAACGAAUUCGCUGGCCCAAAGACUAGGUCAAGUAUCUCUAGAGCCUGACAACCACAAGAAAGAGUAUGUUCACGCUCCUCGAGAGAAUAACGGUUCAAAGUCAUCUGAAGGUCUCAAAAGUAACGAGCUGGCUCAAAGAUUGGGAUUGGUGACCGCCCCCAAAAAGAAAAGCCCAAAGAAGAAGACUGGUGGCUACAAACCACCUCACAAGAGGGAUAACAAGUUGGAGAAGCAAUCAGAAAGUAAAGCACAGGAACAGGAACAGGAUUUUGCAUUGGAUGAGACUAAACGCCAAGAACUUUUAGAACUGAUGGAACAGUAUACUUCUACCCAAAUAGAUUGGGCUGAUGAUUUUGAUGAUGAAUUGUGA